UGUAUGCAGUACGGAGGUAAACAGCUGGUAAACAAAACAUUAAAAACCGUGAAAACCAGUUAAACCUUAUAGAAGCCAAAAUUUCAAAAUAUCUACCAGCUCUUGCCGAAGGUCUGCAACUUCUGCCAUUGCCUUCUACCCAUGUAGUAUACAGAUAUCCUUCGCCCUGCAGAGUGCGUACGAGUGGCAGGCAGGUGACAAGUCUCAGUUGUAAUUUAAAACGAUGGAACCCACGCAGCUAGAUGUCAAUAAUGCGAGCAAGGCUUCUUUAGAAAUGCCACCCCCGUCUGAUGAUGAAGCUGAUGUUCCAUGGAAACAACCACCGUGGCCACUACCACCAAUUAAAUGGAAAGUCACAUACUGUGCUGUGCGUGGUUGUCCAAACAUGAGGAACAAUUUGAAAAUCAAUAGUGAAUACGGCAUUUCUUUUCACCGAUUUCCCAAAAAUCUAAUUAGGUGCAAAAAAUGGCUGGACUUUUGCGACAAUGAAAUGCUUAGCGACUAUCAAUUAGAAAGUUUAUUCAGCAAGUCAGUGAUUUGCUGCUGGCACUUUGAACCCUCUGAAAUUUCAGAAGAUGGUCGAAGCAGACUUCUUUACAAUGGACUUGUACCUCACGUGAGACCACCACGCGAUAGAAAAGUCAUUGAAAUAUUGUCAGAUAAUGAUAUUCCCCAAUGUGACAAAAAAGAUGGGCAAGAAUCCACUAACAAAUGCUACUUGCCAGUGCGACCAAUUCACCCCAGGAAAAAACCAAAUGUGCUUCGAGUCACUACCUUUAGUGCAUUGCAAUUUGAGCAGGCUUUGGCUCCAAAAAAUAUUCUUGAUCUAUCAGAAUCAAAAAACGUUUUAAUCCUUCCUAAGCAACCAAGGCUAACUACGGUUAAUGCUACAGCAAACCAGUCCUUGUUGCCAGUUCAAGCUAUUCAAAGAAUUGUGUGGAGCAAGAGGCCUCAAAAUUCCCUACCUGUUGUUAGUUCAUCAACAACCACUUUGGGUUCAGAUACAACUAAAAAAAGUAUGAUGCCCAACUCAGCAAUUUUUUGCCCUGCUCGAAAGAGAUUGGUCAAGGUGCAUGAAAUAUCAAAAGAUGUCGGGCGGACAACUGGUCGCAGCAACUCGGAAAGUGCCCCUGUGUCGGAGAAUUCUGCAAGCCAAGAUGACGAAAACUACAAUAGAUUUGGAAAGACGCUGGACGCUCUAUCAUCAGCAAGAGUUAUCUACAUCUUGCUGGGUCCUAGUUUAACAGGUGUGGUCCCUUUGGAAACAUUAAUAUCUGCCAGCACAAAAAACUCAAUGGGCUCAGGAAAUUCUCUUGAAAUAGAAAGCUCAGGAAAGCAAACUGAUUUGACUGAAUCGGAAAAUCCAAAUAGUGCGGAUAUUGAAAUGUGCAAAAGUACCUCAUCCAGCCCCUCUGAGGAACCUGUUCCUAUGAAAAAGCUGAAGCUAUCCAUCAACGCGGAGAAUGCCUCUGAAAUGCAGAAUGAAUCUGGCAAAGAUAAUGACACGCCUCAUCCAAAAUUACCGGGCUUAACGCCGUUUAAUCCAAAGGGUUCUUGUGGCAUGAUGCUUAAAGGUUACAAGCCCACCGAAUCAUACCUCUAUGCUGUGACAGACGCGGUCACUUGGAAUGUACCCAAUGGAGUGCUGCUGUUUUUUUACAAAAAUCGCUUAGACCCGGCGCUGUCUGGAAGAAUAUCCACCAAACCUAAUAUUUUAAGCAGAAAUUCCGGAAUGUUGUCAAAAUAUCUGGUGCCUAAGAUUAGGCAUAUUGGCCAUGCAAUAUUUUGGAAGGGAGAAAUCAUCACAAAGGAAUUCUUAUCAACACCUCCUGCAACAACAGAAGAAAUAUUUACAAGUUCUUAUGCUGAGAGCACAAGCCAUUUUUUCGAGAUUCCAAGAAGAACUUUGACUGGCAUAACAGAGGAUUAUCCAAACUGUGGCGUAAAUGAUAACAAAUCUUCAGAUCCGCUUGAAAUAUAUGAUGAAAAAUGGGAAGUUUCUCAAAGAAGCACUCCAGAGACCCAAGGCAGCGGGUCAAAUUUCAACGAGAAUGUGUCCAGUUCAAGAGUUCUUCCCGUUUUGGGCGUCACUCCUUCCUUCCUACCCCAAACAAUGAUGCCUAGUGCCAUCAUACAGAAAGUACCUUCGAGCACCCAGCCAAAUACAAAAUUGUUAGUGAUGACCAAUGGCACACUGAAGACCGUGGUAGCGGUGGAUCCUGUGCAGGUGCCACAGUAUGCUGUGCACGCCUUUCAAGCGCCAGUUGCUACAAAAGAGAAACAUAAAGGUGGAGAGAAAGUGAACACUCUUCGGAUUCCUGCUAGUCUCAUUCCCAUCCUAAAAGAUAAACUUCCCAUGCUGAUUGGCAAGGAGGGCGAGUUCAAAGUUGGAAAAAGCAGCUUCCAGCAAAUCCUUGGCGUACUGGAUGAAUUUAACUUCAAAGUAGACAAAUCUGGCCGAGUUUUGAGGAAGAGUAAGUUUCAAGCAAAUCACAUUAAUACGACUUCAGGGCAACCUUUAUCCACCCAAGAAGGACCUGCGAAAGAAUCAGAUGCCGAGAAGAAACGAAAGGUGAUCAAGGGCCCUGUUGAAAAAAUGCACAAGGAAAUUGUUCUGCUCAGGCGAAGAAACAAGUAUUUAACAAAGCAGCUUGAGAAGUCCAGAAAUAGACCAUUGACAAAACAACAGAAGCGGGAAGCGACAAUAGAAACCCUGAGGGAUGUUUUUAGCGAAGAUCAGUUCAUGUUUUUCAUCAGUCAGUUUACUAAUGCGACCAAGGCAGGGAGUUAUGGCCACAGAUAUGAGCCAAAGCUAUAUGACUUCUGUGCAUCUUUGUACCUUGAGAGUCGCAGAGUGUACAGAAAACUCAGAAUGAUGUUUCAUCUGCCAGACUACAAGAGCGUUCUAAAAAACGUAGCAACUCCUCAGUAUUUUGUGUUUCCAAAAAAACAACACAAGAAGGCAACAAGUAGUCUAGAUGCUUCUACUAGCACAAGUUGUGAAGGUAAAAUGAAGAUUGAAGGCCACAACAGUAACAGGGAAUCUCGUCUGAGAGAUAUCGCUAUAGAAGUGACUGCUGAACAACCUGAUAAUACUCGGGAUGAAAUCGCCAUUAAGGAUGAGGGCAUUUUUUUUGCAGGAAAAUAGAUUACUGGAAAAUCUAUGACAGCUGCUUGAAUAUGUUUCUAACUAAAAAGAUGUCGAUAGUGCUUCCAGGCCCUAGCAGUAAGGUUUUUAGUAAUGUAAAAUUCAAAAUUUGAAUCAUUGUUCUCCACCUAUCACAGUUGAAAAUAUAUUUUGUAGUACAAUAA